UGACAUUACCCAUUCUUUCAAAAUCAUCAACCAGCAAACAAGCAAUAUAUAUCCAAUAACUUGAAUCUUUUCAUACAUCUUCGAAGCUUCAGACAAAGAAACUAGAAAUGGCUUUUGUAAGAAAUCUAUUGGGUGCCAAGAAGAUUCUUGGAGCCGCAACAAGCAAAAGGGCGGCCUCAGCGGCACCAAAGGGGUUUCUUGUGGUGUACGUAGGAGAGAGCCAGAAGAAGAGAUAUGUGGUGCCAAUCUCAUACUUGAGCCAGCCUACUUUUCAAGCUCUUCUGAGCAAAUCGGAAGAAGAGUUUGGGUUUGAUCAUCCAAUGGGCGGCUUAACGAUCCCUUGUCCUGAAGAUAUCUUCAUCAACGUAACGUCUAGGCUCCAAUGAUGAUGAUCAAACAUAUUGUUCUUCUAGUUAGAGAUAUACUUUGUUCCUUGUAAAUAGAGGAUAGUUUGUUUUUUUUCCUCUCUUUCUUCCCGAAAGAGUUCUAAAAUUUGAAAGUGGAAUACAAAUUUUUAUGCUA